AUGUCUACUUACGCGCUCCCCAAGUCCCACCAGGACCUCAUGGAGAAGUCCCUGGUGGACACGGACAAUGAGGUUGCCCAGAUCAUGGAGAAGGAGAUUCAGCGUCAGCGCGAGUCCAUCCUCCUCAUCGCGUCCGAGAAUGUCACAUCCCGCGCCGUCUUCGAUGCUCUCGGCUCGCCCAUGUCCAACAAGUACUCCGAGGGCUACCCCGGUGCCCGCUACUACGGCGGAAACGAGCACAUCGACGCCAUUGAGCUGCUGUGCCAGAAGCGCGCUCUCGAGGCCUUCGGUCUGGAUGCAGAGAAGUGGGGUGUGAACGUCCAGUGCUUGAGCGGCAGCCCAGCCAACCUCCAGGUCUACCAGGCCAUCAUGCGCCCACACGACAGGCUCAUGGGUCUUGAUCUGCCCCACGGCGGACAUUUGAGCCACGGAUACCAGACACCGCAGAGGAAGAUCUCUGCCGUCUCCACAUACUUCGAGACCUUCCCUUACCGCGUGAACCUCGACACCGGCAUCAUCGACUACGACCAGCUCGAGCAGAAUGCCCUCAUGUACCGCCCCAAGGUCCUCGUCGCUGGAACCUCUGCCUACUGCCGUGAGAUCGACUACGCCCGCAUGCGCGAGAUUGCCGACAAGGUCGGAUGCUACCUGAUGAUGGACAUGGCACACAUUUCUGGACUCGUCGCCGCUGGCGUUAACAAGUCGCCCUUCCCAUACUGCGAUAUUGUCACAACCACCACCCACAAGUCUCUCCGUGGACCCCGUGGUGCCAUGAUCUUCUUCCGCAAGGGCGUCCGCAAGACCGACGCGAAGACCGGCAAGGAGACCCUGUACGAUCUCGAGGGACCCAUCAACUUCUCCGUGUUCCCUGGUCACCAGGGUGGACCCCACAACCACACCAUCACUGCGCUUGCAGUCGCGCUCAAGCAGGCUCAGACCGAGGACUUCAAGCUUUACCAGCAGCAGGUCAUCAAGAACGCCAAGCAGCUCGAGGUCACCUUCAAGGAGCUUGGCUUCAAGCUCGUCACCGACGGCACAGACAACCACAUGGUCCUCAUCGACCUCAAGCCCUUCGCCCUCGACGGUGCGCGUGUUGAGGCUGUGCUCGAGCAGGUCAACAUCGCCUGCAACAAGAACACCACACCCGGCGACAAGAGCGCGCUAUCACCCAUGGGUAUCCGUAUCGGUGCGCCCGCCAUGACCUCAAGAGGUCUCGGCGAGGACGACUUCAAGAAGAUUGCCGGCUACAUCAACAAGUGCGUCGAGAUGUGCAAGAAGAUCCAGGGCGAGUUGCCCAAGGACAACAACAAGCUCAAGGACUUCAAGGCCAAGGUUGCAUCUGGCGAGGUUGAGGAGAUCAACAGCCUGAAGAAGGAAAUUGCCGCGUGGGCCGUUACCUUCCCUCUUCCCAUCUAAACGUCUCGUUUCGUCUUCUGCAUUGGCGCACCUGGAGUUUAGAGGAUAACAUUCAACAAAAGGAUAUGGUUGGCAUAUUUCAACAUUUUCACGCAUCAUCAAGGUCGGAAGGAUAAAAAUGAUACCUGGGAGUACGAUAUGAUGCCAUGGGUGGAUGGCUACUCCACUCCACACAUGCUCGAAUUGAGCACGAUCGUUGCUUAACCAUCGAUCACCAAUGAAAGCAUAACUGCAUCUGUCUCUGUUUCGACGGACAGUCACA